GCCUGGGCCUCCCCCACCCCCCCUCCAGGUUUCGCGGUCGCCUUGACGACCAGGCGGCCUGCAACGGCGGCGGGGUUUAGUCGUUGAGCGGGCCUGGGAACCAGGCCCCUGCGGACCUCGCCCAACUCGGCCGGCCCCUGCCGGAGUCAGUCCCAGCUCCCUCCGAACAGGGACUAUGAGAAAAUGGUCGGGCAAACGAGGAGUAAGCUCAAUGAAGCGGCUUCAGAGCCGUUGCAUUCACCCCGCUCCACGCAGUAUAAGCGGCGGCGCCGGGCCACCGGAGCUGGGGAGCCGGAGUUGGAGGAGGAACCGAAGGAGGAGGUGAAAAAGCCCCAGCUGCCUUUGCCUGUAGGCGGGGGGAACCUGCCAGGGGGCGCCCGGAGAUACUCGCCGCGAAGGACCCGAAACCUGAACGCGCAGAAUUGCAUGCAGCUGGAGGUGGUCUCAAAGACACUUGUUCUGGACCGCUUCCAAUUCCUCAGCUGUUUCCUGGAGCAACUCCGCGACAAGGUGCAUCUAUUGCAGAGACGUCAGUUCACGGGCAGGAUCACCUUCUGCAUAGCUGUCUUUGUGGGAGUUUUGCACUGGAUGCAUUUGGUAACACUUUUUGAAAAUGAUCGUCAUUUUUCUCACCUCUCAUCUUUGGAACGGGAGAUGACUUUUCGCACUGAAAUGGGACUUUAUUAUUCCUACUUCAAGACCAUUAUUGAAGCGCCUUCAUUUUUGGAAGGACUGUGGAUGAUUAUGAAUGACAGGCUCACUGAAUAUCCCCUUGUAAUUAAUACAGUGAAACGCUUCCAUCUUUAUCCAGAGGUGAUUAUAGCCUUCUGGUAUCGUACAUGUGUGGGAAUAAUGAAUUUAUUUGGGUUAGAAACUAAGACCUGCUGGAAUGUGACCAGAAUAGAACCUCUAAAUGAAGUUCAAAGCUGUGAAGGAUUGGGAGACCCUGCUUGCUUUUAUGUUGGUGUGAUUUUUAUUUUAAAUGGAAUGAUGAUGGGAUUGUUCUUCGCAUAUGGUACAUACUUGAGUGGGACUCACCUUGGAGGUCUAAUUACAGUAUUAUGCUACUUUUUCAACCAUGGAGAGGCUACUCGGGUGAUGUGGACACCACCUCUCCGGGAAAGUUUCUCAUAUCCAUUUCUGGUACUUCAGAUGUACAUUUUAACUAUGAUUCUCAGGACCUUGAACAACAGUAGAAGAUUUUUUGUUGCACUCUGCCUUUCCAAUGUUGCUUUUAUGCUUCCCUGGCAAUUUGCUCAGUUUAUACUUUUUACACAGAUAGCUUCAUUAUUUCCUAUGUAUGUUGUGGGGUACAUUGAGCCAAACAAAUUUCAGAAGAUCAUCUAUAUGAACAUGAUUUCAGUUCUCCUUUGUUUUGUGUUGAUGUUUGGAAAUCCAAUGUAUUUAUCGUCUUAUUAUUCUUCAUCUUUGUUAAUGACAUUGGUGAUAAUUCUAAAGAGAAAUAAACUUCAAAGAUUGGGAGUAUCUGAACUCCACUUUUGGGUAAUUCAAGGUUGUGCUUGGUUUUGUGGAACAAUCAUUUUGAAAUUUCUGACAUCUAAAAUUUUAGGUGUUUCAGACCAUAUACGCCUGAGUGACCUUAUAGCAGCCAGAAUCUUAAGAUACACAGAUUUUGAUACUUUAAUUUACACUUGUGCUCCUGAAUUUGACUUCAUGGAAAAAGCGACACCACUGAGAUACACAAAGACAUUAUUGCUUCCAGUUGUUAUGAUGAUUACUUAUUUUAUCUUUAAAAAGGCCUUUCGUGAUAUUUUGUGUGUCUUAUCUACAAACACUUAUCUAAGAAAACAGCUCCUCGAACAUGGCGAGCUUAUUUUUCACACAUUGCAGUUUUUUGCAUUUUCUUCCCUUGCCAUUUUAAUUAUGAGGCUGAAGCUGUUUUUGACACCUCACAUGUGUGUUAUGGCUUCCCUGAUAUGCUCUCGGCGGCUCUUUGGCUGGCUUUUUUGCAGAGUUCGUUUUGAGAAUUUUAUCUUUGGCAUUCUAACAGUGAUGUCAUUACAAGGUUGUGCAAACCUCCAUAAUCAAUGGAGCAUAAUAGGAGAAUUUAAUAAUUUGCCCCAGGAAGAACUAAUACAGUGGAUCAAAUACAAUACCAGACCAGAUGCUGUUUUCGCAGGUGCCAUGCCUACAAUGGCAAGUGUCAAGCUCUCCACUCUUCACCCCAUUGUGAAUCACCCACAUUAUGAGGAUGCAGACUUGAGGGCUCGGACAAAAAUAGUUUAUUCUGCAUAUAGUCGAAAAUCUGCAAAAGAAGUGAGAGAUAAGUUGUUGGAGUUACACGUGAAUUACUACAUUUUAGAGGAGGCAUGGUGUGUUGUGAGAACUAAACCGGGUUGCAGUAUGCUUGAAAUCUGGGAUGUGGAAGACCCUUCCAACUCAGCUAGCCCUCCCUUAUGUAGCGUCUUGCUCAAGGAUGCGAGGCCUUACUUCACCACAGUGUUUCAGAAUAGUAUGUACAGAGUAUUAAAGGUUAACUGAGAGCGAGACCACCCUUUACACCGUGGUGCAAAGAAGUGUGACAAAAAUAGCCACUUUAGUUUAUUUACAUUAAUAAAAAUCACAAGCUUUAAUAAGGGACCCUUAAAAAGAAGAUAAUAAAAAUGAUCUAAAGUU